GCUCCGGCGGCGCGCGACGCUGAGGUGCAGCGCGCGGUGAUGACGUAAUCGCGGCGCCACGUCGGCUCUGCGGCCAAGAUGGCGGCGGCAGAAGGCGGCGGAGCGGCGGCGGCAGCCGAGCCUCUGUUUGCAGGCCUGGCAGAUGUGUCCAUAUCUGAGGACAUCCCGGUGGAAGGGGAGAUCACGGUUCCCGUGGGGUCCCAUUCCCCAGAGGAAGAUUUCUCCACGCUGGAUGAACCCGUCAGGGACACCAUUCUGAGAGAUCUGAAGGCUGUUGGGAAGAAAUUUGUCCACGUCAUGUAUCCAAGGAAGAGCAGCGCGCUCCUCAGGGACUGGGAUCUUUGGGGGCCUUUGGUGCUUUGUGUCUCACUUGCUCUGAUGCUGCAGGGGGGAUCAGCAGACAGCAAGGAGGACGGAGGGCCCCAGUUUGCUGAGGUCUUCGUCAUCAUCUGGUUUGGUGCCGUUGUCAUCACACUAAACUCAAAGCUCCUGGGAGGAACUAUAUCUUUUUUUCAGAGCCUGUGUGUUCUGGGUUACUGCGUCCUGCCCCUGACGGUGGCGAUGCUGGUGUGCAGGCUGGUGCUGCUGGCAGGCUCUGGCACUGUCAGCUUCAUCAUACGCCUGAUUGUAGUGAUUGCUAUGUUUGCCUGGUCCACGUUAGCAUCCACAGCCUUCCUGGCUGACAGCCAGCCUCCGCACCGCAAGGCGCUGGCCGUGUACCCCAUCUUCCUCUUCUACUUCGUCAUCAGUUGGAUGAUUCUCACCUUCACACCCCAGUGACGUCCGGUCAGAGGAGACAGUGUGACACAGCCUGAAGUCUUGCACGGACGCUGCAGUUGAUGUCGGCUUUGUCUCUUGUUAAUUUGUCUAUGGAGGUGGUCUAACGAGGCUGCUUGUGGGAUAAAGCCAAGAACUGCAAGACUGGUCGCGUGUUCUUGAGAGAGAUGGAAGUCUGGCUACUGAGUUUUUUUUGUUUAAUUAGCCCUGCUCUUUAGUUGUGUUGAAUAAGAAAUGCACACUGUGACAGGGAAUAUUCUGCCUGAGGAACAGAGGGAGAGGUCUUGGGACUUCAGGAGCCUGAUGGUGAAGUUACAGGAUCGCACUGCCUGGCAGGGUUCUUGCUCACGCUUGGAUUCUUGCUCAGGACAACAUGCCUUACAUUACUGUUAUGUGUUGGGUGGGUAAGGAGGAAUUUGACUACUGUCCUUUUUUGUUCACUUACAGAGCGGUGAAAUGUAUAUAAAAUGCAUCACAAGACUGCAAGCUUUCACUUCGAAAUCAGAUCUCAGCAAAAAAUAAGUCGGGUCCAGUUUGCUGUUAACUAGAGCUGGGCAGAAGGGGACUGACUGCCUUUGCUCCUGUUAACGUUCUCUGUAUUUAUUAUCUGCCCUCUUCAGCACCAAGAAGUGUGUUUUAGCCAAAUGUUUCCAACUCUGUGGCAAUGCUGACUAAUCCACACAUCCAGUGAGGGGGGGCUUAAGUAGAUAAUUAUCAAUCUUCUUGUGUUCCUCGAGAUUAAGAAGUCCUGGGAAAACAGUGAAGGCUGCUUUGCAGCAGGGCCCUGCCUGAUACUCUGUAUCCAUUAGAGGUGGAAGUAGAAGCUCUGGGAGUACAGAAUGUAUCUCUGAAAGAUGAUUGAGACGUUGAGAGUUGAAGUGUUUUGAUGGUAAGACAGCAAACCAGGUGUGGGUCUGAAAGUUUUAGAGUGGGUUGGCUGGAGGAAGGAAAAUAAAUCUAGUGGAGGUGGUGGCUGUUACGAAGCAGGACACAAAUUCUGAUCCAGGUUGCUUGUAUGUGACAUUCAUUUGUUUACAUGGUUGGUGUUUCCACAUAAAUGCAAGCAGAUCUGCGUAUUGUUCCUUUGUACCUAGAAUGAAAUGUGAGAAACUUU